CCUUAUCAAAGAUACUUUUAUUCUGAAGGUUGUUGUGGCCGGAAAUCUGACGCCUUAUUGUAGCUAUCUGUGAUUUGGAGCAAGAGACGAAAGAGACUCACUAAACUAACUUUAUAAAACGAAAUUUAAAGUAUGUCAGUGUCGUUAAACUGACAACAGUUACUUUAGGGAAGUUACACGUUUGUUUAAGAAACUGUUUUGGAGAUCUGAAUCCACAUUUCCGUUAAAGCCGACUGAAGUUCAUCGCUGACAUUAGCUAACAGGACUACCUGAAUAGCUACCGAAGCUAACCUGAGCUAACAGGAUCAGUGUCUGGGAUAAACAGGAGCUGAAGGAGGUUCAAUGGCCGUGGAGAGGAGCACCUGGGCCCGCCCGUCUGGAGAGCUUUAAGGUCACUGUUUGACGUUUAUAGGCAGAUAGAAGUGCUCCAGUUUAAAGCUAACUGUUAGCAGAAACAACGGUACUAUGUGGAGUCUAUAGCUAAACAGGAUGCUCCAGGGGCCGUACAGCAGCCUGGACCGGGACCGUCCCCUUGUCCGGCUCCCUUUCACCAGCUUCGCUGUGGGGACAGUGCUGCUCCCUCUGACCGGCCUCAUUGGCUGCCUCUUCAUUUCACUGGUGUACCACUUUGAGGAUGCAACGUUUACACACUGUCAUGUAUCAAACUACCUUCCAUCUAUCAGCUCAGCCAUCAGCCGUGUGCCAGAGCGCUACAUCUGGCGCUGCUCCAUCGGGCUGCACUCCGCACCGCGGUACCUGGUGUCUGCCGCCUAUUUCAGCUUCUACCGCAGGCGCUUCGCCAAGAGGCUGCCGGAGCUGCUUCUGAGCGGACUGGUUUUGCUCUGCAGCCUCGUUGAAAACACCGGCCUGAUGCUGCUCACAUACGUGUCGUCUACUGAAACCUACAAUGUUCAUAAAAACGGUUUCAUUGCGUUCAUCGGGAGCUCACUGCUGCACAUGCUCAUUACAUGCAGACUGUGGCAGGUGAUCAGGAGACACUAUGUAAACCCAGAGGAAAUGACAUCAUAUCGCUGGAAGGUGCGUCUCUUCCUGUUUAACGUCAGCUGUUGUCUGGCUGCAGCCUACUUCUUCAGACGCCACAACAAGUACUGUGAAACGGGAGUCUACACUCUGUUCGCCUUCUUCGAAUACCUGGUGGUCUUCUCCAACAUGGCCUUCCACAUGACGGCCUUCUGGGACUUUGGGAGUAAAGAGGUGAUCGUGGCCACGCCGCCCGAAGACAAACGAUACUGAGCAGCACAUCUGUCGACUGUUUUUCUCGUUGGUUUUUUAAAGAAAAGGUGAAAAGGACCCAACGAUGGCACACCAGUUCAAAACUGACAUGUGAGCACAGACAGAUGUCUCGUGGCAUCGUGAACAUUAUGUGAGAUUACACUUUUUAUCAUUCCAACAACACCUGUACACCUUAUAACUGCUUCUGAAGCAGAGUCACCAUGUUGUCUCAUGUUGUUGCUUACGGUGGGCAAAAAAUUACUUAAGUAUCAAUAAAUAAAUAAAUAAAUACAGGAAUAGAUUUACAUAUAUAUGUACAAUUAAUUGGAUAAAAAUACAGAGAAAAGCAUAUAAAAGAAUAAUUAAAUAAUUGUUGAAAUAAAUAUGUAGUUAAAUAUAUAAUGCAUAAAUAAAAGUUGAUAAUUACACUUACAAUUUUUAAGUUUUUGUACAAAUUCAUUUAUUUACAUAUUGUAUUUCUGUAUGUUAAUAAGGUCUGAAUUGAAUUAUCAACUUUUAUUUGUUCAUGCAUUUAUAUAUUCUAUUAAAUCAGUCAGUUUUCAUAGUUGCUUAUAAUUAAAACAUUUUUUUAAACCUCAGCUGCGAUACCACAUGAUUUUUCAAUUCAUAUUUGCGUACAGUACAUGUUUGUGUAGAAAAGCUUUAUUAAAAGAUAAAGAUAUUACCUCUGAAAACUGUUAUUGUUUAAUGUUAUCAUUGUUAUUGAUAUAUUAUAUAUAUAUAUAUUAUACAUCAAUAGAGUAGAGCAAAGAGUAAAACAUUUAGGAAUUAUGGAUCAAAGAAUAUAAAAUGAUGUGCCAACUUUGAUUAGAGGUUCUACUAACAGAAUUCAGUAUUUACAGGUAGUCUCUAUUUUAGAGUCAGCUUUAUCACUGUUGUAUUUUAAUGAAUGAAUGAAUGAAUGAAUUGUUUUACAGCGCGUUAACCACAGAGGUCAGAGCAUUUGCUAGCUUACAAUGCUCUUCUUUCAAAUAACGGUAAAAAAAUAAAUAUAUAAAUGUGGUAACACUUCAGAUUAGGGAAUACAUAUUCAGCAUUAUGCUUAUAGUUGCUUAUUAACAUGCAAAUAAGUAACAUAUUGGCUGUUCAUUAGUCAUUAUUAAGUAGUUAUUAAUGCCUUAUUCUGCAUGGCCUUAUUAUACAACCAGUAAGACAUUAACUAAGAUUUUUCCCUCAAUAACCUCAGAAUUAUUGCUAAUUAGUAGUAAGUAAGGAAGUUGUUGUAUAUGAGUUAUGAUCUAACUACUUAAUAAUGAAUAAUUAAGAGCCAAUAUGUUACUUAUUUGCAUGCUAAUAAGCAUGAAUUUCGUUGUACAUGUGACAAUGACAAAUAAAGACCUAUUCUAUUCUAUUCUAUUCCUAUUCAACUAAUUAAUGUUGAAUAUGUGUUCCCUAAUCUAAAGUGUUACUAUAAAUGUUUGUCAUGUUUUGUAGAGCCUACAUCUAAUUUUAGCCGAAUGUUUGAUACAUCUAGUGGUACAUUAAUUCAUUUAUCAAGUUGUUUAUUUAUGUCCAAACAGCAAGAGGUAGAAAAAGAGAAAUUUCCCAAAAUGUCAAACCAUUUCUUCAAAUGAAUCAAGACUCAUAAUUAAAGCUGUUAAAUGAAGACUCAGGGUUUGGAAAGUUUAUCGGGCUUGGAGUAUGAAACUAAAUAAACUGUAGUUUUAUGGUUUUAUGGUAUUAAAAAACAGCAUCUAUGUUCAGAUGAAAACCAGGAAGAGAGGACUCUGUCUCUUUAACUUCCUCCUCAUGUUUUUCCUCCUCUGUGCGAUCUGAAAUCUGAAACCCUGGGUGAUCAUCUCUGAGCCACAGCUCCCAUUAAAAUGAACCAGCUUUGAAUCCUGCUCAUCCACUGUAGACAGAGAAGCUUCUUUACUCUGUCAGCUGUCGCGUUGCUCGUCAACACGAAAGUAGACUCACAUGUUCACAGCUCAUUGUUGACUUCCAGACAGGGCACAAAACACACACCCAGCCUGUUUAUAUCACCACUGUUUACUCCUAUUGUUGAGCUUUACAACAGUUAAAGUAUUCACAGAGGGUUCAACAACUAAAACCAGCAUUUGGUUGGUAGUCGGUUAGGUUUACAUGAGUUAAUGUGUAAAUACUAGGGCCGGGACUCGAUUAAAAAAAUAAUCUAAUUAAUUAGAGGCUUUGUAAUUAAUUAAUCGAAAUUGAUCACAUUUUAAUCGCAUAUAAAUAUUUGACCUGAGAACAGUGAGAAGUAAUUUUUUUCACAUGGAUUUUUAGUAUACCAUUGAAUGAUGACUGAAUACAUAAGCUUAAGCAACAAAAAUAUUGUUUAUUUUUGUUCAAGUCCAACAGACCAGUGCAAUUUUUGCCAUUAAGUGUAGCAAUAGCAUAUUUAGAAAUAUAGUACAUUUCAUAAAUUCAGGUAGCCUAUAGGUAGGUAGACCUUCUGUAAACUAGAAUACUUUGGUUUUUUAAGUAAAACACAAUCCACGCUAGCUGCCACACUAGCCGCUAGCUGCUAUAUGUUUUGCAUUGAGGUGAUACUUGAGGUGAUACUUACUUUUGUUACACUUGAGGUGUAACAAAAUGUCCCAUCAUCCACGGGGCCAACCAAAGCGUCUCAUCAGCUUCUUCCUUCAUGUUCACUGUGGUUUGUUGUUGUCUGAACUCAUGAAUGCUAGUUGGUGCUCCAGUAUAAUCGGUCCGCCUGAAACUCAUCCAGUGAGAAACGUUCCGCGGUGCAAAAAUAAGUGUGACUAAAAUGCGUCAAUUUUUUUAACGCGUUCAUUUUUGAGUAAAGUCCCGGCCCUAGGAAAUACAGAAGUGCAUGCAGUGUUUCCUCUAGGAUUUUUUUCAGCAGCGGGGGUAAAGGGCCCUUGGAUGGUGUGUGCGUGUAAACAUCAAUCAGCAAUAAAGGAAUUAUAGAAAAUGCAUCGAUUAAAGUUCUCGUCGCUACAACGGAUUUCCAUCAUUUGGAGUUCACAGAGGCCACUGAUGAGAUCAAUAGCCGUGUUUCCUUUAGAGGGAAGAGUGGCCGCUGGGAAAGUCUCAGGCCACACGUGUCUCCCUACAAAAAGGCCCCCAGAGGGAUUUAGAGACUCCGGAAGUGACGUAUGGUUUUCCAUCGUUGCUUAAUCGCUUUGCGACAGCUUCAACCCUGAUCUGUGAUCACAUACAGGAAAGAUUAAACACGGGAGACGCAACUGUGGCCACCAUUGCUAUCUGUGCACAACUUUCGCCGAUCAGCGGCGAAAGUUGUGCACAGAUAGCGAUGUAGUAAACAAAGCAGCAUGGCUAAUUAUGCACAGAGUCUCCGCUGAUCAUAAACAUAGUGAUUGUGAAUUAACGACAUCACUAACUGUGCACAGAGUGUCUGGUGCUUGUUGUAAACAAACAGAGAUCGCUAAGUGAACACCUCCUGCAGCAGCAGCACAUACACACUGUACUGCUACAGAGCUAACUGUAGCUAACUGCCGAUAACGGCGGAUCUUCUUAACAAGCCGGCCUCCGGCUCGUUAGCGGUUCGUUAAGAAGAGUCAGAAGGAGUUGCUCGAUUUGUCUCCAGUCACUUUCUUGAAAAAUAGUCGCUAAGGGGGUCUGAAAAGUCGCUUAAUUUAGCAACAAAGUCGCUAAGUUGGGAACACUGCUUCGCCGGCUUUUACAAAUGGCGUGUGUUGUUGUCGUGUACUGCUGCUGCUACAUGAGGUGUUCACUUGUGAUCUCUGUUUGUUUUCAACAAGCACCAGACACUCUGUGCACAGUUAGUGAUUCCGGUUAAUUCACAAUCACUAUGUUUAUGAUCAGCAGAGACUCUGUGCAUAAUUAGCCAUGCUGCUUUCAGCUGCUGACGUUGUGCACAGUUAGCGACGGUGAAAACCAUACGUCACCUCCAGAGUCUCUAAAUCCCUCUGGGGGCUAACUUGUAGUGGAGACACGCAGAGUGAGUGGACUUUAGAGAGGGUGUGGCCUGAGACUUUCCUGGUGGACACUUCCCCCCUAAAGGAAACGCAGCUAUUCACAGCCCGACUGAUGUUGGAUUUUAGAGACUGAUGCCAAUUUGAGAGGGGAAAAAUUCAGAUUACUGUGGUGACGAAUAAACAUCAUCGCUGUAUGUAUCAGUCAAUUUCUGAUCAUUCAAAUUAAUAACCGCUUUAAAACACCAUUUCUAUAUCACCUUCUGCAUUAUAUGUGCUGUUAAUAAAGGUUUACAUACUGGUAGAAAUAAAU